AUGCAGCCUGGGCCUAAUAUGCGCGGUCCAAAUAUGAAUACACCAACGCAGUUUGCGUCCCCUGCUAUGGCGCAUCUUGGUCUUCCCGGUGUCCAAGGUUCUCCUCACAUGGUCGGUUCGGGGCACGCUAGCCCGGCUCAAAGUCAAAUGGCUGGUCCUCCGGGGAUGCAGCCGCCUAUGCAACCUUCUCCUGUGGGUGUGGGCAACAGCCCCAAUGUCGGUGGUAACAAACGCCGCCGCGCGAGCACCGUCAAGAUGGAGGGUGAGGAUGCUGGCGGGAACGAGGUCAAUGGUACCGCCCCCGGUUCCGGCAAGGUUAAGCCUAGUCCUCGAGUUCCCAAGCGAGCAAAGGGACAAGCCGCGUGA